CUGCUGAGCCGUUCCCGAAGCCCACGGCAAUCAGCACAAGGGCAGGAAAAGCAGGAAGCGGUGAAUUCCCGGGGAUGAGCGUGUCUCUGUCGGCCACAGUGGGCACACAGACACAGCACCCACCCCCAGCAGCUCUGGGGGAUGAGCUGGGCUCAAGUGCAGCACAGCCUUCGGGGCCAACAGGAUCUGCCAUCACCCUGCAGAGACAGCCCCGGGGGACACAGAGCACCCCAGGGGCUGCAGCAGCAGUGACUGCUCCCCCUGCAGAGAGGGCUGGCCGUGCCACUGCUCCACUCACGAGCAGGACGGGGCCUCACCUGCCAACAGCAGCUUCCCAAGCUGACCCCAGCGUGGUGCUGCCCACGGCUGGCAGGGUGAACACCCCAGCUCCGGUCUCUGCAGCCCUGGGCAAGGGGCAGGAGGAACCAAAGGCAGGAGCAGCCCCCACCAGCCACCUGCCCACCCAGGCACCCGUGUCUGCAUCACCCAGACACCCUCUGGAGAAGCAUGUCCUGGAGGACAGCAUGGAACAGGAGCCUGCUCAUUCCAGCCCUGGCAGCGCCGUGAGUGCCACUGGGCCACCUUCAACAGCAGCGUUUGCUGUCUCUGCUGACAGGACUGUGAAUAAUCAUUCAACUGCCUUCCAGAGAGCAGCUGGCAGUGAUGCUGAGGUGCUUCUAGCCAGAGACCCAGCCCAGCUCCUCCCAAGCCCAGAGAGCCCCUCGUAUCCCCCCGGGAGCCUGGUGGCACUUCCAGCCCAGGGGAAUUCCCUGCUGGGUGUUGCAGGCACUGACUCAUCCCAGAGGCUGCUGCUGAACACGGAGCCAGAGGAGAUGGGCAGGACAGAGGUGACAGACGGAGCAGCUGAAGGCCUGGUGACUGUUGUGACGCUGCUGGAUGGCCAGCCCAGUGCCCCGAGCGACUCACAGCACAGGAGGGGGCUGCAGCCGGAGCUCACCGUCCUGGAUGGCGUGGCCGUGGUGAGCGACGAUGCCUGCGGCUCCGGCAACUACACCGUGCAGCUGAGCCUGAGCCCCGCUGCUGACACAGCCCCUGAGCCCCAGGGGCCUCCAGAACCUUCCCCAGAGACCUUCCUGGCCCUGGUGGCCGUGCAGGACAACCUGAGCCAGCCCCUGGUGCAGCCCCUGCUGCAGAUCCACUCGUGCUGUGUGACCCCCUCCGCCAGCCCCGGGGCACCAGGAGCCCAGUGCUGCCUGUUCCGCAGGCUGCCAUUUGAGUGCAGACACAUCCAGCUGCUGCAGAGCAGCAGGUCCAGAGCUGCCAGCUUCACCAUCCAGCUGUUCCAGAUGCUGAACCACUCCGUGGCCUAUCUGCACUGCGAGCUGAACGUGUGCCUGCACGGGAAAGUGGGGUGUGAGCAGGACUGCUUGGAAAGUGUGGAGCCAGUUCUGCAGCCCAGUGACAGGAACAGCUAUGGAAACCUGCACAACCUCAUCUCAUUCGGUCCAGUUUGGAGGAUGAAGGACAGGUUUCUGUACAAACCUGUGGAAGGUCCCGGUUCUGCCGUGCUGCUGCCCAUCCUGCUGGGCUCCCUCGCUGGCUUUGCUGUCCUGGGCAGUGCCUUCAUAAGCCUUUGGCUGCACCACAGGCAGAAAACCAAACCCCUGCACUACCCCCCCUUUGGGGACAUCCGUGGGCCGUGAGCCUGGAGGAGCUGCCUGGUCCUGCAGCUCCCCCGGCACUGUGCCUGCCUGGCACACUGCACUGCUUCUGUAGAGCUUCUGCUGGCCCAGGGAGCCAUGCAAAACAGAGCCUAAAAUAAAAAAACUAAAAUAAAACUAGAGCCUGCCAUCGGGGAGCACACGGCGUUGGGAAAAAUGUGGGAAUGUGGACAGGACCCAAGGGCUCCCAGAGUUCCACCCCCUGGGCUUGACAGCUCUUCUCACCUCCCAGGAGCCCAGUCCCUUCCUCCUUUGGCUUCACUCAUGGGACUGUUUUCUCUAACGAGCUUCCAGCACCUGCCUGUUCCACACUGUGGGAGAAAGUUGGGAAUGCCAAAGGGUUUGUCCCUGAGGCUGAAUGUGGGAGAACAGAAAAAGAACUCGCCACAUUCAGCUUCUGGGUCCGGUUUCUUCACCGUUGCUGCCAGAGGACAGGUGGGAAAGGGACCCCUGGCAGAGCACCUCGUGGC